UUUCUCAUAAGCAUCUGCACUCCAAGGGGCACUGAGCCGUAGACCACCAGCCCUGCUGACACCCCACACGCCAGCGAGAGAAAGAGAGAGUGGAUAGAGACAAACAGAAAGAGAGAGAGAGACAUUCCUGUAACAUGGAGGUCCCAGUGACUCGACAGUUCCGUGGCCACCUCGGGUCAGAGAAGCAUCAGAUGCUGGAUCUCAACAAACGGCUGGAGACGUACCUGAGCCGGGUGAAGCUCCUGGAGGAGGAAAAUGAGCUUCUCAAGGAGGAGAUCCAGGCACUGAAGGGGAGCAGGAACACCCAGGCGUCGAAGGGAGGGCUGGAGGGCCAACUGAGGAAAGCCAGGGGGGAGGUGGAGGCAGCGUGGAUGGAGAGGGACAGGGUGGAGCUGGAGGUGGGGAACCUGAGUGAGGAUCUGCAGGCUCUACAGUUCCAGAGGCAGAAGGAGGCCGCCACCCAGGCGGAGGCCAGGAAGAGGAUGGUAGAGAGCAAGAAGGAGCUGGAGGAGGAGAGGAGGGCCCAGAUCUGGCUGCGGGAGAAGGUGGCCCAGCUGGAGAAGGAGCUGCAGCUCCAGCUGGACAUCCACCAGGAGGAGGUGUCCCAUCUGCAAGCCAGGCUGAGCCACGCCCGGCCUGUCUUCAUGGCCCCUCCGCAGACACAGGUCCUCGACCUUCAGGAUCUGGGCCACCAGUAUUCACAGAGGGCGACCCGGGCGUGGCAGGAGGCGGCAGCUACAUACCAGGACCAAGUGAAGCGACUGGAGGACUCACUAUCCCAGGCCAGGGAUCAUACGGCCCAAGUGACCCAGGAAAAAAGGGAGAGCAGUUUGAUGGUGCAGCACCUGGCCAAGGAGCUGGAUGGGGCCCAGAACAAGAAGAAGUUGCUGGAGGAGAAAGUUUCACAACAAAGGAACAGAGACCUGAAGGAGCUUGAGCUACUCCAGGCCCAUCUGGAAUCCCUGGAGGGGGAGAAGGCAAACAUGAGGGACCAGAUUUCUGACAUCCUGGAUGACAGACACAACCUCAUGCAGCUGAAGAUGUCUCUGGGGCUGGAGGUGGCCACCUACAGAGCUUUGUUGGACAAUGAGAGCCUGAGAGUCGACAAGCCUUCCAUCAACAAUCCCUGGGGGUCAUUUACAGUUGAUGGAGGGUCCAGCCAUCGAGGUGUUAAGCAAAAGCUCCAGACUACACAAAAUGGCAGCCACAUCACCACCCCUAUUUCCAUUAAUCUUGGGAAGAGAACUCAAGCCAUAGCAAGCCAUGCCGUGGCGGCAAUGAGACCUGUCCAGAUCUCACAACAAGAUGCCUUUAAGCCCAAGAGUGCUAGGUUCACAGAAGAACGAGGUGGAUGGAGUGUGGAAUCCUCCCAGCAUGCAGUUCAGUCAACACCUUGCCCUGAAGGUGUGUUGAACGGAAAUGGUUCAAUUGAACACUUCAGGGAGAAGGAGGUCCAGGAAGAGGUUAGUCAUGAUGCAGCUCUCUCAGCCACAAGAUCACUGGAAGUAGAUGCCGCUGGCGCACCAGUGGAGAACUGUAGCAUUGAUCAGUUUGCCGUGGGAGGCUCAGAUGUCAGCAUGGAUCAAAUGGGAGAAAAGGAAGAGCAUUCACUCAAUGCAGAGCCUGAAAAACACACAGGUCUGAAUGACGCAGAGCCCAACGUGGAGCUACAGUCUACUGCUUGUCACUCAACAGUUUUCAGCGCUGAUGUUCCUUCACAGUUCCAUCCAGAGAUCCCAGGACCUGGUAGCUCCAAUGUCACGCUGAAUCUCUCAGAGCCUGAACCACAUCAAUCUUCCAAGGAUUGUGAAGACGCGGUGGUGCCAGCGGGAGGGGCCAUUGAAUCUGAACACGCUCCCUUAUAUGUCUGGGGAGAAAAGGAAGAAGUGAGAGAAGAGACUGAGCAAGCAGUUGCUAAAGCCUCUGAAUUUGAAUUAGGAUCAGGGUCUGAUAUUAAAGACAUGGAUUAUGCUUUCGAUUCAACAAAUGAUUAUAGCAACCUUGGUGAUUUCAAUAAAUAUGUGCAAGCUGCAGAAAAAUGCGACUCAAUUAUGUCAUUAAAAGCCACCAUGCUAUCAGAAGAGGUUUUGAGUCAUGAGGGCAAAACAAAAGAAGGUCUAGUUAAUGAAAAUGAAAAUAAGAUAAAAGAUAAGUGCAAUGGAGAUGAUCUGCCUGAUGGGUCUGAGCCUGCAGAGCAAGUGGAAGAUGAGUUGGAGUCAGAGAAGGCCAGAUUGGAUACAUGGGAUGGAGGCAAUGUAAGUGAGACAAAGACUGACAGUACAGACAAUAAUGAGGAACUGGGCCAUGAUAAUGAAUCAGUACAGGGAGAAAUGAGAGAGGGAAUGGAUGAUAUGAUGAAUGAAGUGAUGGAGAGCAGUCCAAUGGAAGAAAACAGACUAGAUUUAGACACUGAAAUUGCUGUCGUUUCUGCUGAUGGAGAUCCCGUCUUACAAAUAGAUGUAAAUCCAGGGGACAUCCAACAAGAGCAGACAUCCUCAGAUGCAGAGCAGCUGGACUUCUCUGAGGAGGAGAAUGCCUCCCAUUCAUGGAGGACUGAGGGUGGAGAGCUGGAGAGCAAUGGCAGCUACUCGCUGGAGAACACUCUUGCUGACACACGCCCGCUGAUCCGUUACAAGAGCGAUGAGGCUGAUAUGAACACUCAGGCCUCGCAAUUGGGGGACAGUGACUUAAGCGAGGAUGAAGGUAAUGAUGACAAAGGAUGUUGGGGAGAGGACAGAAGAAGGGUUAUCACAUCCAAAAGCAUAGAUUUCAUGGAGGACCUGGAUGAAGAGCCUGAGAGGGACGCAGCGAAAGAGGAGGCUGCUGGAGAACUCUUCCAAGGAGAAGAGAUGGAUGCUGCCAGCUGUCCAACGGGGGAAGAAAUUAUUUUCACAGAUGAUGAAGAAAGUGAGAAAGUUGUAGAAGAGGGCGUAGCUUUGCAGGAUGAAACCAAUCAUGUGGCAGGGCCCACAGAUUUCAUGACCGAUCCAAUGGAAAACAGCAGUGAAGAGGAAAAUGGUGGACAUAUGCAUGUGGUGCAGGAGAGGGAUUCACUGUCCCUCUAUUCUAAUGAUGACUUGAAAGGUGAGACAGUAGACAAUGAGGCUGCAUUGGGACUUCAGACUGAGUACCGUGACAAUAAACUAGAGGAAACUGAGACCCUAAAGCCACUGGAUUCUGUCAACAGCGGCAGGGAGGUGAGUUCUCAGAGUCAUUCAGACACAGAAGAGGAAGUCAUAAGAUCACAUACUGAGUCCUUAGCUGCUGCAUUUUUAUCUCCUCCAAGUGUACUACAGGAAUUAUGCGAACAACCACCGUUUAGUAGAACUGUAGAAAUAUCACCAACACAAAAUACAAACUCAGUUGAGGGUCCAGGAGAGGGAGCACACGCUGAGGAAACAGAAGUUCUUACCGACAGGAGAGAAGAAGGACAGAAUAUGUCUAUGCUAACUAAUGUGGAUUUCACAGAUGAGCUUUCCCUGCACAGUGAGUUCAGCAGCACUAUGGGAAGUAUCGUUAAUACUGCCAAUUCUGACUUAGAUGAAUACAGUUCUGAAGAUGACUCACCCAAUGCCAGUCAGUCGUUGCAGCCCAUUAAACAGGAAGAAGUGCCUGUGAAUCAGGAGGAAUCGGUGGUCAGACUCAGUACAAGCAAUCUUUCUGAAGGCCUGGGUGAAUCAGCGAGGCAUUCCUCAGAAGUCUCUCAUCCUCGCCCAGAGAAUGUAGCAGAGGAAGUUACUGAUGAGAGAACAGAAUGGGAUGCAGUCCUACAGGACCAAAGGGAGAGCCCAAGUGCAAAGCUAUGGGGACAUGAAUCACUUAUUCAAAGUGUUGAGAAUGUAGCUGAAUGUUCGCAGAUGUUUUUACACAAUGAGGGUGAGGUUGGCAUAGAUUGUAUUGCUGAAGAGAAGUUGAGGGUUGCCAGCCAGCCCUCUGGAGGUUCUCCUAACAUCACAUCAGAUGAGGAGGAUGGUAUCUUCAAGGUUAAGGAAACUGAAGCACUACACCAAACCAAUGGGAAAUGCCAUGACCUUCAUAACUUACGAAGUACUACUUUACACGAACAUGACUGGAGCUCAUCAAAGAAGAUGGAGGCUGCAUAUAAUCCUCAAGAGAAACUUGCUUUUGGAGUGUCAUGGGGAGACAUGGAGAACCUCUUAGGGACAAGUGAGCACACUGAAGGAAACAUGAAGAUGUCCCAGGUCCCAUCUCUGACAGAGCAGAAACAAAUUCCAGUGCAGGUAAAUCAGCUCUCAUGUGGAAAGAUGGAGGAAGAUGGAAACCAUUCAGAAGAUUCUCUGGAUGAAGGGGAUUCCUGGUCCUCCGGGGAAGAAUAAAAAGGACUUCUAGAGAUCAGGGGAAGUGUUUCAUUAGAGAACCGCAGUCCUUCUCUUUUAUACUAACAAUAAUUUUACAACUGAACAGAAGGUGUUUCUUGAUUUGUAAUACACCGCCACUGCAACACUAAUUGUGUUCUAUUUAUGAAGUCGAACUCACCAAAUUAAGAUCCUUUACCAUUAUGUAACUACAAGCUUGCACAUCAUUAAUUAUGCUAAAGUAGGAUACUCAGAGGACUGUUGGUAUGUGAACACCAAGGCUGUGAAUUCAAUUAAUGGCAACAUGUCAAAAAUGCCUUAACAUAACCUACUCCCUCAAAGGUUCUAUUUAACACAUUUUCAGUAUGUAGCAAACUGUCAGGACUGCCUUUCAAUCUGGCCAGCAUAUAGAAGAUGAACAUUAGAGCCAUUCCUGCAAGAAAAUGUCCACAAUCAAGUCUGGACCAGCAUAGGGUCAAACCUGUCAUUGAUUGCCAUGAUUGAUUUUGCAUUUAUCAGUAAGAAUGAACAAAGUGGAGCAGUGUACUCACCAGCACCUGUGUUGGGCAGUUGGGCUGAUCUAUUAUUUAGGCACACUGGUGACUUCCUUUUCAGAAUCUCAUUUUGCACUAAGCACUGUCUGCACUGAAUUAAUUACCAUGUUUUACCAUAGGGGGAAUAAUCCACAACUAGGCAUUUGUAGCAGAACCCAGGGGCCUGUUUCCAGCUGAAUCUAAAUCCUGCCUUCACAGACUCCCUCCUAGUUCCCACACAGGUUUUAUAAACCUGUGACCAAACAGUUUCACUAGAAUACACCGCCAAGGGACUUAUUGUGCAUGUCUCAAAUUAUUGUUGUUAUUUAACUGCUCCUUCUAUUUAAGCUCCUGAAAUGUAACCUGAUCAGGUUCAAACAUAUAGGUGGGAUUCAUUGCAAAACCAUGCUCUAUAAAAUUACAACCACCUUUUUGACACUUGGUUAUGUAAACUCAUUAGAUAUUUUAAUUUAAGCAAUUGUGAUAUCACAGGUUUGAAUAGUAAUAAUAAUAAUAUUUAAAAAAACAGAUUGUGUUCAUGUUCAUGAUGACUAACGCGAAGCAUGAACAGUACAGUAGGGGUAUGCAUUUCUGUAAUGUGUGGAAUUCAGGAAUAUUCAUGCAGUUUCUCCACAAAUUUGUGCAAUAACACAGGUAGGCCUAUUUUAAACUACAAUACAGCAUAAUUUAGCCUUAGAUCAUCCAGGUGGACAUGGCCAUACUUGGUAAUACAGCAGCUAGGCUUUCCAAUAGAUACUUGCAAAAGCUACCACUGAAUUCACAUUCACCUCUCAACAUAGUGCCUGCCAUAUCCACUCAGGUAGAAAUGAAACAGCGAGGGUAUAUGAGGAAGUUUAGGUUGUGUGUUGAAGGAUGGGAUUGAAGGUUGUCUGUACACCAAGUGUGCACACCAACUAUACAGCACUGAACUGUGAACAUUGGAUGGAAAAAGCUAUCCAGUAACAGUGGCACAGACCAGAACUGACUGUUAAGUUCAGAACUGCCUGUUUUAAAUCAUUAGUUAAAAAGUACAAUUCUUUCAUGAGAUCACAUGUUAAAGGUUCCUCUGAGUCUAACUUUUUAGUCUGGCACCAGUACAACUUGAUUACCUUUGGUACUUGCAUAAAAAAUGACAUUUCUGGGUCUUUUGUGUUGUUGUAUUGCUUUGAUUGGAUUCUUUGUGAACACCCAUGCAUGGUGGAUUUUCGAAAACCUAACCUUGUAGUAUUAUGGAAAAUAAACUCAUUUGAAAGUG